AUGAAUCCAUUGGAUCAACGACUGCAACAACAACAACAACAAAUACUACAACAACAACAACAACAAUUACAACAACAUCAACAACAACAUCAACAACAACAACAACAAAUACAACAACUACAUCAACAACAACCUUGGAUACAGAGAACUACAAACAAUUUGAAUGGGUCACUGGCGUCGCUGAUUAGAAUGAGCAACAUGUCGAGAGAGCUCCACGACAUACUGUCGGGCUCAUUCGAUUCGAACGACUUGGGCGAGAUAAUCACCAAUUCAAUUCUCAAUCCUGGCUCAGCGCUCAACUCGAGCAUCCACAUCAUGCAGCAUACGGCACCCGUGCUCAAGGGUGUCCUGGGCGACGUCACAUUCCUCAAGCAGCACAGUCGCUCAGUCAAAGCCGUCGACUUCUCGCCACGCGACGAUCACAUCUUUAGCAGUGCAGGUCUCGACGGCAAGUGUGUCACCUACGACGCACGUCAAGGAAGGAUACUAUCAUACACAACAAUCGCACAUCAUGGACCAUCUCAACUUACAGGAUAUGGUACUAAACUGGCACUGGCAACAUCAAACAACAAGAUGCUGAUAUAUGAUAUAGAGACGAGUGCAGUCACUCAAUCAUUCGAUAAGUGUGUCCCACCUGGAGGCGUAAGUAUACGUUGUCCAAUCGCUGUGGAGAGCUCCAAUGUUAUAAUGGUACCCAAUGCAACUGGUAGAGGAAUAGCAUUCCUUGAUCUGAGGGCAGCAUCAAUCGUUAAUAAUAUGGAGGAUAUACACGAGGCACAGAUAAAUGACAUUGUUCUUCUGGACAGUGCAUGGGCACGAGAGGUUGGCGCUGCAUCGGGCAACAUGCCUGCCAUCCUCACCGCAUCAUCAGACAGCACUUGUAGAGUGAGUACACGACACUACUACGCCCAUGCUCUGAUCGUCCCAACUGACACCAUUACCACCCGACCUCAGAUUGUAGACACGCGAUCACAGGUGUUGAAGAAGUUCGAGCAUCGAACACAAGUGUUCUCGGUGGCACAUACACCAGAGGCACCAUCAAUCACAUCAAACUCAUGCAUUGCCAUUGGCAGCGACAAGCUGAAUGUCUAUCCGCUGCAGGGUCAGCUGCCUGUAUACUCAUCCAACUUCCCCACUUGUAAAUACGUCAGCAGGCUGAACUACUCGCGCAGUGGCCGCGCACUGUUCUGUGCCACAAACGAUGGCCAUCUCAGAAUGUACAAUAGAAUCAAUGGUGGCUACGAUCUCAAAGGCAUAGUCUACAAGCAUAGCAAGGAUAUACAAGACAUGGCAAUAUCAAGGAAUGAUGAAUAUAUCAUAACAGCAUCAUCAGACUUCUCAGUUGGACUCAUUCGCAUGGGCGAUCCAAUCAGCGGACCAACAGAGGUUGGAGAGAUCAUUUAG